AGACGGCAGCUAUGAAUGAAGCGCUCACACCCCCAUGUCACCCCGCAGCUCUGCCGCACACAACAUUCUAUCUGUGACGCAAUAACGUGCCCGCACUGUGAGGACACAGGCGCCUGCAGACGCACAUGCGUGCUCCACUCUCCACGUCACACACGUGCCCAAGCACCAGGGUGAGCAUUGGCCAGUGCCCAGUGUCCUGACAGGGCAGAGGAACAGUGAAGACCCUCCACAGCCGCUCUGUCCUGUGUAUGGAAGACGAGAUGUGAAGCAGAGAGGAAGAGGUUAAUGGGGACCGCCAGCCCAGAGGUGCUGUACAUGGUUCUCAUGUGGUGGUGGUGACACAGCCCCAGACUAUCUGGUGAUUUCAUAAUGCUUCCAGUCUAUUGUGGCGUGACUGUACAGCCAAUAAUAUAACCCGAUGAGUCUAUCCUGUUAUAAGAGGGCUGGGACAUACAGGGCUUGGCAUCCUUUUGAUGAUUCUGACGUGGAUGAUGCUGCAGCAUCUGCAGAAACCUCAUAGGCCUGAGGAUGUGUCAUUGCAAAACAUAAGCUCACAAAAGGAGUCGCCUUCAACCUGUGCUCGCAUUAACUAUUUAUUAGGAGGAAGAUGACUCUGCUCUUCUAUAGCUUACGUUUUACUGGAGGGGAAUCCAUUUUUUAUGAACAAAACCUAGUUAGAUACUGAAGACCAGGAGGAUAAUGAAGGUCUUCCAUCUAACACCUCUAUUUACCAGAAGAUCCGUUAAAAAUCUUAAGGUACCUACCCUCCCAUGGAAGAAAAAUUACACAUUCGAGCCUCUUUAGGUUCAAAAUUACCUAAAUUUGGUGGACCAAAGUCCUCAGGAAGCUUCAUUCAGCGGACACCCCAUGGUACACAUUCUACUUUAAAUAAAUCAAACCUAGUUGGGGAGAAGCACAGUGACCAUGAAAGGACAUCAGGAUUUUCAAUGAACUGGAGGAAGCUAAAAUGUCAACCAAAUGGCCAAAUUUCUAGAGACCUUCCUAAUGCUGUCCCAGAAAAAAAGUUUUCCUCAUACCACGUAACAGUGGAAAAGGAAACCCAAAAACCUGAUAAGCACAACAUGUUGUUGUCACAAAAAGAGGACCUAAAUGAAAACUUACUGUCUCAUUCAAAUAAAUUUUCGAAAAGUACACAAUUUGGACGGUCUACCUACUCUGGGCUCAAUGGCUGUAAAACUCAGGUUAAUGGAUUUUACACAAACAAACCCCCAACAGGUUUACAUCGACCAAGAGCUAAUUCUGCUACAAGUAGAAACUUUCCUAGAGCAUUGCCGGAGAAUAAACCUUUCUCCACUGUUAGAAGGUCACAGAGUUUUUCCCAUUCUGUUCAGAAUUCCUUGCUUCCAAACACACCGUUGACAAGAUCUCAGUCAUUUAAUAGAGAAGUAGAUCCAACAAGGCCUUACCAGUCACAACACAUACCCAUGCAAACAGCUGUGAGACAGAAUAAUCUAACAAGGACUGUAAAGCAAUAUGGGUUAUCCAAUGGUAAUGACCCACAAAUGAAGUCUAGUUUUCCAAGAACCUAUUCUUCAGGAUCUUCUCUAGGCCUAAAAAAACCUGGUUUCUCAAGUGGUCCUGCUGUAUCUGUUCCGUUGGGCUACAGAUUGAGCCGUCCAUCUCUACAGAAAACAAACAGAAUACAAUUGACCAGUGAUCAAUUCUGUAAUGACAGUAAAAGUUCUGCUGCCGCUCUCUUAAUGGACAAGUUAGAACCAUUGUCAAAUGGAACCUGCCAAGCAACGGAGAGACCAAACAAGGACAUGGAAGAGGAUUUGGAUGUUGACAAUUGUUCCUCUAGUGAGAACCAGGAUAAACAAAAUUGCAAAGAUAGUUAUUACAGUGAAGAUGUUGAUGAGCUCUCCAUCUCUUCCUUGUCAUCCUCUGACAAGAAUGACUUUAGUGAAGAUUUCAGUGAUGACUUCAUAGAUUUGGAAGAUGGCAAUAAGACUAUUACUGAGGUAGAACCUGAUAACAAAGUGUCAGAAAAACCAUCAGAACAGUUAUUGCCUGAACUACAGGACAAGAAGCAAACUGAUACGGACCAUUCAGAUGAAUGGAUAGGUGUGAAUAUUUCAGGGGAAAAGGAAGCGGAAACAGGCAGCAGUCCUUAUAGAGAGAAUGGGAUAUCUCCAGAUAUGGAUUAUCGAGAUCCCUCAUCUCUUGAACUUUCUCCAUCUGACAGCUCUGACGGAACGUACAUGUGGGAUGAAGAAGGCAUGGAGCCUAUUGGAAACGUCCAUCCAUGUGGAAGCUAUGAUUCCUCAGAAAUGAACAGUCUGGACAUUCUCAACAAUCUUGAUUCCUGCGAUUUAGAAGAUGAUGAUCUUAUGUUGGACGUGGAUUUACCGGAAGAUACCACAUGUGACAUGGGGAAAGUUGAGAAUAUGAGCCACUUUGAGCGAACUGAGAGGAGUUUCCGGCAGCAGCAGCAAGUGUUUUGGAAAAGGCCACCUCCACGUCUGAAUGGACAAGAGCAGUACCACUUGAGCAAUCCUGACCACUACCACAAUAGCAGGGGUACCUCCUACCUAGAGUCCCCCACUGACAUUAGAGAAACCUAUGGGAGUCCAAACUUUUACACUCAGGCCCCUCGAUCUACACAGAUAAUGGGUCUUCGAGACAAUACUGUAAUACUUGAUGAAAUGACUCUCUGCCACAUGGUCCAAGACUGCACAACGGUGAAGACACAACUACUCAAGUUGAAGCGCCUUCUGCAACAAGAGGGUGACCCAGAAUCACAGCUACAAGAAGUGCUGCCAUCUUUUCCAACCACCCCUGAACCACAAGACACUGACACUCUCUUAAAGACUGAAGACCUUCUCAGAGAGAUUCAACAGCUCAAAGAAGAGUCCAUGAAGAAAGAUGAGACCAUUAAACAACUACAGCAACAACUGAAAACAACAUGCAAAUGCCAGAAAGAAGGCCAGGAGCCCAAGAUGGUAAAACAAAAACAGCAAGACAAGUAUACGCAGACCAACUGGAGGAGAAGUUCACCUCAAAUACUACAGCGUUCCAUCAGCACCCCCAGUUCUACAGACCACACCUCGGGAAAAUUGAUAGCACAUCCACUUACAGAGCUCCAAAGUAUACCUAAAGACAACACCUGCCAUCCAGUUUCCUAUUCUCAUAAAGAAGAUACUGGAACAGUAACUGAAAUUCCUGAAAAAGAACUAAGCGAUCUUUUGAGUACACAGCUGAAGAUAGAUGACAAUCCUGAAAAUAUUAAAGAGGAAGCUGAUAGUAUAAAACAUGAACUUCUUGAUAAUAACAAAAAUAUAAGAUCACAAGAAGCUUUGGAUGUUCUAAUAACUUUUCCAGUUAACGCAAAGAAAAGCAUAAAGUCGAAAGUUAAUGUAAACUCUGCUGCUGCAUUGCCUGGAGAGAUUCUGAAGUCAAAAACGUUACAACUCCCCAGACCCAAAAUGCACAAUUCUUUGGCACAGAAAGGAAUUAUUAGCUCUGCCUCUUCAAACAAUUCUUCAAAAGAGUCUCAAAUGUUAAAUAUGGUUUUGAGUACUGCUUUAACCCAAUCAUCAAAUGAUUCACAAAGUAUGGUACAGAAAUGUCAGCCAAGAGUACACAAUGAUUGCUCCUCACAUCAGCAACCUAAACAAGUAAUUUCUGAUUCAGCCUUAAGAAGUUUGGAUUCAUUGUGUUCCGUUGUCCACUCGCAGUCACAUAUUACAAUGCCAGGCACAAAACAGUUAAGCCACCACUCUCCGCCAUCUGUCAGUAAUAGCAAGCUGUCAUCUGACAUAGCUUUACCAACUGAAACACAAGUUCUUGUAGCUGAAAACUCAAAACCGGUGAGCAAACUAAUGCCCAAGGGUACCAUGCUCAGACCCCCAAGUAAACUAAAGAAACUGAACAGUUCCAAGCUGGAUGCAUCAAGUGAACCUCAGAGAUCUCCAGUGAAAUUCUCACCUACAGUCGUAACCAGGCCACUGAGCAAUAAAAAAGAGUCUGCAAGAAAAUAUUGAAAGCUUAGUCCAAAAGAGACAAUCCCGUCUCCCACAACCAAAGGCACACUAAGAAACAAAAUAGAUCAAUAAAAAAGAGAAACAGAAAUUGUAUGCAUUAGAGUUUUUAUAAGAAGGAAUUAAAAAUCCUAUGUCAAUAUAUAGUUUUUGUUAUAAUGCUAUAAAGCAAACCUGUCAAUAUUGUAACAAAACCUAUCCCCAUAUGGAGGAAUGAUGUGUUUUCUUUAACAUUACUUUUACUUUUUAGUCUGGGGAUAGUAAUCUAUUUAAUUGUGUUCCUUUCUAACUAGGUCAAAUAAUUCCUUUUGAUAAAUAUUUUCUUACAUUGUUUUGGUGACCUUUUUGUGUUAAUUCUUCUCUAAUUAUAACCCAGAUAGGACAUAUUUAGUUAGAUAUGUUCCAUUUUCUGUAAAUUACAUCAAAACAUUCUGUAAAUUACAUCAACAACCUUUUUAAGUCUGCUUUGCUAAGUCAUUAAGCCACAUUUCAACUAAAACCUUGCUUGCAGAAUUCAAGAACCUGGUACUGAAGCCUUCAUUAUUCCAUAGUGCAACAGCAUAUCAUAUAUUUAUAAGUAAUGUAUAGUGUUCUGUCUGUUGUACAUUGUCCUUUUCCAUUCAAGUGCUAUGCAAGUAUGUAACUUAUUUAUCUAAUUAUUUAAAAAAAUAUAUAACUUGUAUUUAUUGUGUCAGAUUUAGCUUUUUGCACAUUGCCCUUAUGUAUGUUUUUUUUUUUUUUUACUGCUAAAUAACAAGAAGUAUUUAUAUACAAUCUACUGUACACAUGAGUCUGUAUAUUGAUUUUAAGCCAUUGACAAUGUUUCUACACAUGCACAAUACAGUGGAUUUGGUUUUUCAAUUAAGUUAGGCUGCAUUUUUAUUAUUGAAUAUGUGGACCGAAAUGCAACAUUUACUUAGGUAGGGCUUUGGUAGUAUUAUCAAGAGUAUUGGCUGAGUUAAAUUUAAAAAAAUAAAAUAGCAUUUUUUUUUUAGAAUUUAGUUGUGGGUAAUAUAAUUUAGUAUCUGAUACUGUGGGAAAACCAAAAUUAGAGUUUUUGUGCCUAGAAAUAGUACUCCC